UUCACAAAGAUAGACUUUGACUAUGGCUUAGAUAUAGUAGAUAGUCAGACUUCAGAUAGACAUCUAAAUUAGACCGUUGCACAAAGCACUUAAGACUCUGACUAUCUUAAGUAGGACUACAUUGCAAUGCAUUCUGGGUAAAAUAAGACACUUUUCAAAACAAAAAACAUGGCGGAUCGAGUAAGUGCAUUCAACCGUUCAGUGCAGUUUACACCAGCAGAAAAUAUGUGUUUGUUGGAGGAGUAUAACAGUUACAAGGACAUUUUACUGGGAAAAUUUAACGGAGAAUGUAGCAAUAAAAAGAAGUGUUUAAUUUGGAAAAAGAUUGCGACGACAGUAAACAGCGUUAAUCCAACCGUUGAGCGGAGCGUCAAAGACGUACAAAAAAGGUACAAAAACAUGGUACAAGAUGCCAAAAAAGAAAUUUUCAAGAGAAAGAACCCAAAAACGGGAGGAGGACCCCAAGAGAAACUUAAGGACACCACAGAAAUGGUAAUGACUAUAUAUGGCGGACAGUCGCCUAUGUUCUGGGGGAUAAGCGGAGGACGGGAAAGUGGAGUGUGCGGCGUCAACAGCGACGUUACCGGCGGAGUUCCCUCAGCCACUGACAGCAGCACCCCGCCUUGUCAAGAGGAAGAGCCAGACAAUCAAGAGGAGAAUACAGUGACCCUGUCUUUGACUUGGGAACGAAGUGAGGCAGUGGAGGAGGAGCCGGGUGAGAGACGGGAGGGGACGCGAGAUGAAGAGUCCGAGUCAGCGUCAGGAUCAGCAUCAGCUACAGCUGCUGCUCCCUUGGUUUGCACAUCAGUGUCGAGAGGAACAACUAUGUCAAUGGUGCUAGACAAACAAUACAGAAAUCUUGAACUGGAAGAGAGGAAAUUGCUGCUCGAGAUUGAAGUUUUACAGCUUCAGAGAGAUAAAUUAAAAUCAGACUUGCAAAAACAGUCAGUGGAGUUGUGAAUAUCUUAAAUACUUCCAAUAAGACAAUGAGGUAUUUUAGGCUAAUUCUUUUCUGUGUUUUUUAAAGCUGUUUCAAAAGUUAAUAUGUUGAGUAGACCUACUUCUAAUCUGCCUUAUUAGUUUUAUACAGGUUAAGAGUUUGAAUGAGUUUAAGAGUAGAUAUGUUAGAGAGUACUUUUAAUAACUUUGAGGAUUUUGAUAUGAAUGAAAAGAGACACAAACGCUGUAUAAUUUAUUGUACUAAUUUAUUGAAUGAACAGUAUGUCAUUUUUUUGUGAGAAAAAUGGUUAAGAGUUUGAACGGUAGAUUUGUUGUACUUUUAAUAACUUUGAGGAUUUUUAUAUGAAUGUAAAGAGACACAAACGCUGUAUAAUUUAUUGUACUAAUUUAUUGAAUGAACAGUAUGUAAUUUUUUGUGAGAAAAAUGGUUAAGAGUUUGAACGGUAGAUUUGUUGUACUUUUAAUAACUUUGAGGAUUUUGAUAUAAAUGUAAAGAGACACAAACGCUGUAUAAUUUAUUGUACUAAUUUAUUGAAUGAACAGUAUAUCACUUUAGAAAACUUCAAAAAAUAAA